GCCUGCAUCCCCAUUCUUUCCCCCCACCCCCCAAAAAACUACGGAUACCGAUACCACCCAGUGAGCCUCCCGGGGCUCGAGCCCAGGCCAACCCGCCCUCGUCCUCAGGGGCUGCACCUCGAUACCUCUGUGUGACUCGGGCUUGCACGGAGCUGCAGCGGCCACAGCGUUGUUUGACUGCCGCCCAGGCCCAGGCCGCGGUCUGGCGCCGAGGGACCUUUCCGGGGUUGGAGCGCGGAGCCCCGGCCUCCCUUUGUCUCCGGGAGUGUUGCCCCCCGCCUCCGCCGCCAUCAUGUGGAUAUUCUCGGAGUUUAUUCCGCCUCCCGAGUGCCCGGUGUUCGAGCCGAGCCGGGAGGAGUUCCGGGAGCCACUCGGCUACAUCAAUAAGAUCCGACCUAUCGCUCAGAGGAGCGGUAUCUGCAAGAUCCGCCCGCCCAAGGACUGGCAGCCACCAUUUGCCUGUGAAGUGAAGAACUUUCACUUUACACCAAGAAUACAGCGACUCAAUGAGCUUGAGGCACAAACACGAGUCAAGUUGAACUUUCUAGAUCAUAUCGCGAAAUUCUGGGAAUUGCAGGGGUCUACAUUGAAAAUUCCACAUGUGGAAAGAAAAAUGUUGGAUUUAUACACGCUCAGUAAGGUGGUUGCAAGUGAGGGUGGAUUUGAAGUGCUGUGUAAGGAGAAAAAAUGGGCCAAAGUAGCCAGCCGAAUGAGUUACCCACAAGGAAAGGGUAUUGGUUCGCUGUUACGGUCCCACUACGAAAGGAUACUCUAUCCCUAUGAAUUGUUUCAGUCAGGAGCCAGUCUCUCGACUGCUGAAAACUCUUCUGUGCAGAUCUUUCCCAGCUCAGUGAAAGCCUUGAAUCAGGAUGAUCUUUCUGAAGAUGAUUUUGCCAAAAAUCCAGAGCUGAGAAAACUUCAGAUCUUUGGUGCUGGACCCAAAAUGAUGGGCCUGGGUCUUCGGACAAAGAACAGAGAGGAUGAGGAGUUUUCUGUGACCCUGCGCUCGACCGGGCACAAGAAGAAUGCAGAGAUGCAAUUGCCUCGCAUGCAAAUGCGACAGCGUAAAGGAGCCUUGGCUGUUAACUUCAUUGACCUGUAUGUUUGCCUUGUAUGUGCACGUGGGGAUGAUGAAGACCGCUUACUGCUCUGUGAUGGAUGUGAUGACAGUUACCAUACUUUCUGUCUCAUUCCUCCCCUCAUGGACGUGCCCAAGGGAGAUUGGAGAUGCCCCAAGUGUGUGGCAGAGGCAUGCAGUAAACCUCCAGAGGCAUUUGGCUUUGAGCAGGCAGUCAGGGAGUACACGCUCCAAAGUUUUGGUGAGAUGGCAGAUAAUUUCAAGUCUGACUACUUCAACAUGCCAGUACAUAUGGUCCCAACAGAAUUGGUGGAGAAGGAGUUCUGGCGACUUGUGAGCAGCAUUGAGGAGGAUGUUAUUGUGGAGUAUGGUGCUGACAUUACCUCAAAGGAAUUUGGUAGUGGAUUCCCGGUCAGAGAGACCAAAAGAAGGCUCAUGCCUGAAGAAGAGGAAUAUGCUAGUUCUGGUUGGAAUCUGAACAAUAUGCCAAUUCUGGAGCAGUCGGUAUUGACUCAUAUCAACGCGGACAUCUCUGGAAUGAAAAUUCCUUGGCUUUAUGUGGGGAUGUGCUUCUCUUCCUUUUGUUGGCACAUUGAAGACCACUGGAGCUACUCCAUCAACUACCUCCACUGGGGGGAGCCAAAAACAUGGUAUGGGGUGCCAGGUUAUGCUGCUGAACAACUCGAACAGGUAAUGAGGAAGCUGGCUCCAGAACUGUUCCAUUCUCAGCCAGAUCUGCUGCACCAGUUGGUGACCAUCAUGAAUCCCAAUAUUCUUAUGGAACAUGGAGUCCCGGUGUUCCGAACAAAUCAGUGUGCUGGUGAGUUUGUGGUUACUUUCCCAAGAGCCUAUCAUAGUGGAUUCAACCAGGGUUACAACUUUGCUGAAGCAGUGAACUUCUGUACUGCAGACUGGCUGCCUAUUGGCCGUCAGUGUGUCAGUCAUUACCGACGUUUGCACCGAUAUUGUGUGUUCUCGCAUGAAGAACUAAUCUGCAAAAUGGCAGCUGAUCCUGAGGGUUUGGACGUUGAGUUGGCUGCUGCUGUCUACAAGGAGAUGGUGACCAUGCUCGAGGAGGAAACGCAACUCCGAAAUGCAGCCUUCGAAAUGGGUAUUGCUGAUUCUGAACAAGAGGCAUUUGAACUGCUACCAGAUGAUGAACGACAGUGUGAGACGUGCAAGACAACAUGUUUCUUGUCUGCUGUUACGUGUACUUGCGAUCCCAAUCGGCUUGUGUGUCUUUAUCACAUUAAGGAUCUAUGCAAUUGCCCAGUUACGAACCUCUGUCUCCGGUACCGGUACACACUAGAUGAGCUCCCAUCAAUGCUUUAUGGAGUUAAAGAGCGAGCCCAGUCAUAUGACAACUGGGUGAGCAAAGUGAGAGAAGUCUUGGAAGCAGAGUUUAACCACAAGAAAGAGCUUUGUGAGUUGAAAACACUAUUGGAAGAAGCAGAAGAGAAGAAAUUUCCUGAGAAUGAUCUGUUGCAGCAACUGCGGGCAGCUGUGAGAGAGGCAGAAACGUGUGCUUCUAUUGCCCAGCUGCUUGUCAGCAGGAAGCAACGCAGCAGAAAUAAAUCAGAAGGUGGAAAGACUCGGACAAAGUUAACCGUCCAUGAGUUGAAAGCAUUUGUGCACCAGCUGUACAGCCUGCCUUGUGUUCUCAGCCAAACCCGAUUGGUUAAGGAAUUACUGGAAAGUGUGGAGGAGUUCCAUGAGCGUGGUAAGGAGGCUUUAUCAGAUGAAAUUCCCAACUCCUCCAAGUUACAACUGCUGCUAGAACUUGGCUCUGGGUUAGAUGUGGAGCUGCAGGAGCUGCCUAAGCUGAAGCAGCAUCUCCAACAAGCCCGUUGGCUUGAUGAAGUGAACUUCACCCUCUCUGACUCUGUCAGAGUCACUCUAGAUGCCAUGAAGAAACUCAUUGAUUCUGGGAUUGGCCUGGCACCACAUAGCGCAGUGGAAAAAGCAAUGGCUGAUUUACAGGAACUAUUGACUGUGUCAGAACGUUGGGAAGAGAAGGCCAAGGUUUGUCUACAAGCCAGGCCAAGGCAUGGCAUGGCAACUCUGGAAGGCAUUGUAAAUGAGGCAAAGAAUAUUCCUGCGUACUUGCCUAAUGUGCUGGUGCUUAAGGAAGCGUUGCAAAAAGCCAAAGACUGGAUGGCCAAAGUGGAAGCUAUUCAGAAGGGAUCUCACAAUGCAUAUCUAGAUCAGCUGGAAAGCCUUCUUGCAAGAGGACGCCCUAUACCAGUGCGGCUGGAUCCACUUCCCCAAGUGGAAUCCCAAGUAGCAGCUGCUCGAGCCUGGAGAGAACGUACUGCUCGGACCUUCUUGAAGAAGAACUCUACCUACACAUUGUUACAAGUGCUGACCCCCAGGACAAAUAUUGGUGUUUACUGCAGUGGAAAGAAUAAGCGGAAAAAAAUGAAAGAGUUAUUGAUGGAAAAAGAGAGAGACUUUGAUUUGGAGAGCCUGAGUGACUUAGAAGAGGUGGCUGAACAAUCCAGUGACCCAAACACAGUUAUCGCAGGUUUCCGUGCCAUGGAGCAAAAGGAAUGUGAAGCUAUGCAUUCUUUGAGAGCAGCAAACCUGGCUAAAAUGGCAAUGGUGGAUCGCAUUGAAGAAAUCAAGUUCUGUGUGUGUCGCAAAAUAGCCAGUGGUUUUAUGUUACAGUGUGAACUUUGUAAAGAUUGGUUUCAUAGCACUUGUGUUCCUCUACCCAAAACUGGCACACAAAAAAAAGGACUGGCCUGGCAAACUAAGGAGGUGAAAUUCUUGUGCCCAUUGUGCAUGCGCUCUCGAAGGCCACGUCUUGAAACCAUUCUUUCACUGCUCGUUUCCCUUCAGAAGCUUCCAGUUCGUUUACCAGAAGGAGAUGCCUUACAGUGUCUGACAGAGAGAGCAAUGAGCUGGCAGGAUCGGGCCAGGCAAGCCCUGGCCACAGAUGAGCUCUCUUCUGCACUUGCAAAGCUGUCUGUAUUAAGCCAGCGCAUGGUGGAACAGGCAGCAAGAGAGAAAACGGAGAAAAUAAUAAGUGCUGAGCUGCAGAAGGCAGCAGCCAAUCCAGACUUGCAGGAACAUUUACAGAGUGUCCAACAAUCUGCCUUCAGCAGGAGCAUGGGGAGUUUGGCAAACUCACCAAGAAAAUCUAUUGAAUUGGAUGAGGAGGAAACCGACUCAGAUGAUGAUAUCAGGGAUGCGUAUCGCUACGAGAGAAAAGAUGGUGCAAGCAGUGUCUCAUCAGGUAGCUUGGAACCAAAUCUCUUCUGCGAUGAAGAAAUUCCAAUCAAAGCAGAGGAGGUGGUGUCACAUGUAUGGCCAGCAACACCGUCUUUCUGUGCUGAACAUGCUUACUCUUCAGCAUCAAAAUCUUUCUCACAAGGAACUGGAACUCCACGGAAACAACCACGUAAGACGCCAUUGGUGCCACGUAGUUUGGAGCCCCCAGUCCUUGAGCUGUCACAUAAUGCAAAAGUUCAGCUAGAGGAGUUGAUGAUGGUGGGAGACCUUUUGGAAGUAACCCUUGAUGAAACACAGCAUAUUUGGAGAAUAUUGCAGGCAACACACCUUCCUGCGGAGGAUAGAUUUCUACAUAUAUUGGAGGACGAUGGUCUGGAGGAGAAAUCCAUCCGAAUUAAAGUCAAAGAUUCUUCAGAUAAAAAGCGAAAGCGAAAACUGGAAAAGGCUGAGUUGUUCUUGGGGGAUGGCAAGAAGUUAAAAGAACUGAGAAAGUUUGAUAAACCCAAAAAGAAAAAGCUGAAAUUGACCCCGGAGAAAAUGAAAGAGCAGAGCAAACUGGGGAAGAAAGUGGGAAAAGAAGAAAAGGAGAAAGAGAAGAAGAAAAAAGAGAAAUCCAAAGAGUGUAUGGAGAAGUUGUUGGAAAAGAAGAAAGAAAAGAAAGUGAUUUUACCAGCUCGGGAAGAUUGGUCUGCAGCAGAGGACUCUGAGGAUGAAAAUGCUGUUUGUGCUGCGUUGAACUGUCAGCGGCCGUGUGGAGAAGAGGUUGAUUGGGUGCAGUGCGAUGGAGGCUGUGAUGAGUGGUUCCACCAGGUCUGCGUCGGUGUCUCUUCUGAGAUGGCAGAGAAUGAGGAUUACAUUUGUACUGCAUGUACCAGGCAAGGAGCUCCUGAUACCCGAGCAGCUAGCCACAGCCUGCCUGGAAUCUAUACUGCCACAUCUUUCCUGGAGGACUCUAAGGACAGCAGCUAGUCUCUUCAUAAUUAUAUUCAUGGAAGUACUGUCAAGUUGUUGGCUUCAAACAGGACCCUGGACAUAGCUGAUGAGCACCACACUCUGCCACAGAUGCCACGCACCCACAAUAUUAAGGACCAGUGUGAAGUAUAUGGUUAAGAUUAGCAUUAUGAAAAAGUGAAGGUAGAGACAAUUCUGUUCUCCAUUGUGUGUGUAAAAGUGAGCCCCUUCUUAUUUGUUGCAGCUGGUGUAGUGGGACAGGAGAUAAAACAACAAGGAUAAUGGUAGGGGAGGGGCAACAGCAGGUACCAGGAAUGGAUGGCACCUGCUAGAUGUGGAGCUUGGAAGAGGAAAUGGAAAGGGAGCAGGGUACUUCGGGGAGAAACUAAGAGGACGGUGCUUAAGUGGGGAGGCAACAAAACCCACUUGGGGAACACAUAGCUAUUUAGCUGUUUCGCAAGAGGACAAGAACAUAAUUACUUGUAAAAGUUAAGUAUUUAAUCUUUCACAUCUUCUUAAAAAUAAUUUUAAUGAUUUGAAAUCUGUUUAGUCAGUUUGAAAUUUUUUUUUACACUAGGCAUAUUCUGAUGAGAUUUAAAAAUGUGUGCGAGGGUGGGUGAGGGUUGGCAGUGUUUUUUUUAACCAAGUGUUAAUGUGUUUCCUGAACCAUUCUGGACUCUGUCUUGGACAAAACAAGUUGUAAGCUGGCCAACGAUAUUCUUUCAAAUACUGUAUGUGUACAAAGUGCUCUCAUGGAGCAACAAUACCUCAGAACAGAGCGCUUAGAUGCGAUCACAUUUAGUGGAGUACAUGAACCAAUUAUGCCUUGGGGAUCCAACUAAACAAACGGGAACAAACACAUCCUUCCUAGGUGCCCAGUAAUUUUAUGUAUUUAUGUAGGUUUUGCUGUAAGAUACUAGGUUGUUUAGACUUUUUGGAAAAACAUUUGUUUUAUUUAUCAUUUUCUGUUUUUUUUCAUAAACAUGUCUGAGAGAUGGAAUUUUUUUUGUCUAUGUAAAUGUAUUAGGAUGUAAUGUCUUUUCCUGUGUCUGAGGAGAAAAAUGCUUGUCGCAAGUUGCAAACAGAAUACAGUCACUCUAACAAAUAGUGCAUUUCCUUUUAUUUUGUUGUGAUUUGUAUUUACAUGCGCUGUGAAAUGGAAUGCACAUCACAUUUUGAACCAUUCAGCCAGACAUAACCAGCGUGCACACUGACACUGAGUCUCCUGUAAUUCUGUUGGUUUGGUAUUGCAUCUGUAAUUACUUCCUCAUUGGUUCCUAUCCCAGUUUUCUCUUUUUGUUCCCUUGUAUUCAAUACUUGUGAUCAUGUACCUUGUCAUUCCAGGUAUUGCACUGUUUCACAUUUUGCAAUCCUUAUUAAACG